AUGUCGUCGAUGCGCAACGCCGUUCAGCGGCGCUCCCAUAGGGAGCGUGCCCAGCCCUUGGAGCGCCAACGUUUUGGCCUCCUCGAGAAGCACAAGGACUACUCCCUCCGUGCCAAAGAUUACAACAAGAAGAAGUCCCAGAUCAAGUCCCUGCGCCAAAAGGCUGCCGAACGCAACGAGGAUGAGUUCUACUUCGGCAUGCUUAGCCGCAACUCCAUGGGCUCGCGCCUGAAGGACGGCAGGAAGUGGUCCGGCACCGUCGCCGGCGACCGCGGCAACAAGGCGAUGGAUAUGGAGACGGUGCGUCUCCUCAAGACGCAGGACGUCGGCUACGUGCGUACCAUGCGCAACGUCAUUUCCAAAGAGGUAAAACGCCUCGAGGAGCAGAUCGUGCUAGUCGGCGGUAUCGAGGCGGCGAGCCACAGCAACAACGAUGCGGACGACAGUGACGAGGAAAUCGACAACCGAUCUGCGGCGCCGAGGAAGAUUGUGUUCCUGGACGGCGCGGAGGCCAAGGCGGAGGCCGCUCAGCAGGAGGCGAUGGAUCUGGAUGGGGACGAGGGUGAUGAGGACGAGUUUGAGGGAUUCGACGAUGACGACGACAAGCAGGCCGCCAGCGACGACACCCAGGCACAGAAGGAAAAGACACUCCAGCGGUUACGGCUACAACUACAAAAUGCGAAAAAGAAACUCAAGGUUCUGGCCAAGGCGGAGGAGGGCCUCGAGAUACAGCGUGCUAAGAUGGCCAAGACGGCGACCUCGGGCGGCGCGACGAAGAAGGGCAAGAAGAUUAUGGUCCGGACGCGCAAGCGGUAA